UUGUCAUAAAAAUAGUCACGAUUGGCUCGGAGCAGUAAAAUAAAUAUACAAUAAAACAUAUGGAGUGAAGCAAAGUAAAAGCGUGUAAAACCGAUUAUUAGAGCUUACUACAAUAAAACUAUGGAAGAAAAACAUGAAAACCAUACUUGUAAUUCUGUAUAUUAUUCGUACAAGUAGACCAUCAUGCACACACUUUAUACAACCACUUGACGCUUGCGUGCAAUCAGAAAUUUGUAACCAUACGUGGAUUCCUGUUUGUGGUCAAAAUGAAAACACUUCAAUACGACGAACGUUCGGUGACUUGUGUGACAUGUUAGAAUACAACUGUGAUUUUAAAACAGUAUACAGGGAAAUCAGCCGAGAAGAGUGUGUAAAUACAACCACUAUAUCAGCGCGUAAAUCAAUAUUAAUACCCAGUGAUACUACUACAGCUUCAUAUAUUUAUGAUGAUGAUGAUUACCUUACUAAUCUCCCUGUAAAUGACACAGCACUGUCAACAUUUUAUUUGAGACCGCCUGACGAAUCAACAGAUGCUGCCACGUUUUUUAGUACAAUCUCAGAAAACCCACUGAUAAACGUUCUCACAUAUGGGUUCAAAUAUAGACGUCAAAAUACAGAUCCAUUAUCAUCUUCAUCUACAGAAAAUGAGAUCACUUUGUCUAUGAAGUCAUACAAAGCAUGUACGUGUUCAACGCCUACUAAUACCACUACAACGGCAAAGACUACAACAACUACAUCGACUACUACUACAGUUCCAAAUACUACAACGACUACUUUGUCUACCGAGGCAUCUAAAGCAUGCACUUGUUCAACGAAUGCUAUUACCACUUCAACGACACCUAGUACACCUAGUACUACACCUACUACUACACCUACAACCAUUACUCCUAGUACAUCAACGACUAAUUUAUCUACUGAGGCAUGUAAUGUAACCGAUGGUAGAGCAUGCACGUGUUCAACAACUACUACAACAACAAUGGAAACGACGCCAUCUACUACCACUACAAUGUCUACAAUCACAACACUUACUAGUAAUGUGUCUACUGAGUUUCCUAGUGCAAUGACUAAUACAACAAAGUCUGAAACAACCCCUAAAACUACUACGACUACUGUUUCUACUGAGUCACCUAAAGCAUGCAAGUGUUCAACGCCUAUAAUGACCACUACAACGGCAGCGACCACAGCUAGUACUACUACAACAAUAUCCGCCACACCUAGUACCACUACAGCUAGUACAUCUGCAACCGUUACAACUAGUACCAGUUCAACUACUGUGUCUACGGAGUCGUUUAAAUCAUGCACUUGUUCAGCGCCUAUUGAUACCAACACAACAACAUCGACCAUACCUAGUACCACCACGUCUACUGCGACUACAUUAUCUACUGACGCGUCUAGUGUAACCAAUGGUAGAGCAUGCACGUGUUCAACGCCUAUAAUCACCACUACAACGGCAGUGACCACAGCUAGUACUACUACAAAAAUAGCCACCACACCUAGUACCACUACAGCUAGUACAUCAGCAACCGUUACAACUCCUAGUACCAGUACAACUACUGUGUCUACGGAGUCAUUUAAAGCAUGCACUUGUUCAGCGCCUACUGAUACCACCACAACAACAUCGACCACACCUAGUACCACCAUACCUACUACAUCGACAACCAUUACAACCCCAAGUACAUCAACGACUACUUUAUCUACUGAGGCAUCCAGUGUAACCGAUGGUAGAGCAUGCACGUGUUCAACAUCCGCUCCUACAACAACAAUGGAAACGACGCCAUCUACUACAACUACAAUCUCAACACCUAAUACUAGUGUGUCUACUGAGUUAUCUAGUGCAACGACAAAUACAACAAAGUUUAAUACAACUACUAUGACUACGACAACAGUCGAGUCGUCAACGCCAUGGAAAGGAUGUGGACAUCCAGGAUGCGAUAUAGUGGCCACCUGGGCGACAACAGUUAAAGGGGAAACGAGAGACUAUUAUCAGAUUCUUAGGAGCAAAUACGGCCAUCUUCCUUUCAGGAGAAGGAAACAUAUUCAAGCAUUAAGAUACACCACUCAUUAUCCUCCAGGAUUUCCGUUUUCAAGGCCUCGACGUCGUUAUCGUUUUCGUCCUUUGGGUCCUUAUAAGCAAUUUUAUGGACAUCAUGUCGAAGGCUAGCUUUAUUUAUCUACUUAACAAUGAGAUUAAAUUAUGCCAUGACGGAGAUCUUGUGGCGUGGGAGCGGUAAUGUCAAGGAGGGUACAUUAACUGAGCACUGAUUUUUAUCGGAUAAAACUAACAUGGUGGAUAAGUGCCCAAUCACAACACAGCAAUGUUGAGAUUUGAAUGUUGGUUGUAAUCACACAUGCAUGCAAAUUUAAAUUAUGUGCGUCUGGAUUCUGCCGCAUAUUGACACUUUAGUGAACUCAAUCAG